CCCCAGUCUCUCCCCGGCCUCCCUAACCCCGUCCAUGUAAGGGGUUGGGCAGCCCCCCCUCCCCGAAUCCCACUGGAGCCAUGAUGAACCUCCAGAAGCACCAAACCAUGGGCUCUGACCGGGACCUUCAGUCCUCCUCCUCAGUCAGCCUGCCCUCCGUCAAGAAGGCCCCCAAGAAGAGACGUCUGUCCAUGGGGAACCUGUUCAGACGGCGCCGGGACCCCAAGAGGAAGUCCAUGGAGCUCCACGGAGGAGGAGGGGUGGAUGGUAUCGCCAGCAUAGACAGCAUCCACUCAGACCUCAUGCUGAACGAUAAGAACUCUGCCUUCUCAGUGGCCGGAGCUGCCUGCACCUCCUCCCUCGGGCCGUCCUCCUCCUCCUCUUCCUCCCGGGGUCGAGAGCUGCUGGAGUGCCCUCUGUGCCUUCUACGUCACUCUCGGGACAGUUUCCCGGACAUCAUGACCUGCCACCACCGCUCCUGUGCGGAUUGCCUGCGCCAGUACUUGCGAAUAGAGAUCAGUGAGUCGCGCGUCAACAUCAGCUGUCCAGAGUGCUCCGAGCGGUUCAACCCCCACGACAUCCGCAUCAUCCUGGGAGACCAGCCCCUCAUGGAGAAGUACGAGGAGUUCAUGUUGAGACGAUGGCUGGUGGCCGACCCUGACUGUCGCUGGUGCCCUGCCCCAGACUGUGGGUAUGCAGUCAUUGCCUUUGGCUGUGCCAGCUGUCCUAAGAUCACGUGUGGACGUGAGGGGUGUGGCACGGAGUUCUGUUACCACUGUAAGCAGCUGUGGCACCCCAACCAGACGUGUGAUGCCGCCCGGCAGCAGAGAGCCCAGAGCCUGAGGCUACGCACCUUCAGCUCCUCGUCUCUGAGCUACAGCCAGGAGAGUGGUGCUGCAGCCGAUGACAUCAAGCCGUGUCCGCGCUGCGCUGCUUACAUCAUCAAGAUGAACGACGGCAGCUGCAACCACAUGACCUGCGCCGUGUGCGGCUGUGAGUUCUGCUGGCUCUGCAUGAAGGAGAUCUCUGACCUGCACUACCUGAGCCCGUCAGGAUGUACCUUCUGGGGCAGGAAGCCGUGGAGCAGGAAGAAGAAGAUCCUGUGGCAGCUGGGCACGCUGGUGGGCGCUCCGGUGGGCAUCGCUCUGAUCGCUGGCAUCGCCGUCCCCGCCAUGAUCAUAGGCAUCCCUGUGUACGUGGGGAGGAAGAUCUAUAACCGCUAUGAGGGGAAGGACACCUCUCCUCACCGGAGGAACCUGGUGGUAGCAGGAGGAGUCACUCUGUCUGUCAUCAUGUCUCCUGUGGUGGCAGCCGUCUCUGUUGGCAUCGGCGUGCCCAUCAUGCUGGCGUACGUGUACGGUGUGGUGCCCAUCUCUCUGUGUCGCAGCGGGGGCUGUGGGGUCUCCACUGGCAACGGCAAAGGAGUCCGCAUCGAGUUUGAUGACGAGAACCAGAUGACCGCAGGGAGCGGAGCGCAAGCUACUGACACGACCUCUGUCGCGGACACCAGGAACAACCCCAGCAUCGGAGAAGGUAGCGUGGGGGGCAUGACGGGCAGUCUGAGUGCCAGCGGGAGCCACGUGGACCGGAUGGGCGCCAUGAGAGACAACCUGAGUGAGAACGCCUCCACCAUGGCCCUGGCUGGGGCCAGCAUCACCGGAUCUCUGUCUGGCAGCGCCAUGGUCAACU